AUGGUUGCCUUAAAAACUUUGAUAGUAAUCUAUCGUGCAUUGAAAGAGGUUGAACCCAAGAAGAGCUACCAUGUGCUUAACUUGGGCCAUUUCAAGGAUGACUCAAGUCCAAAUGCAUGGGAUUAUUCUGCCUGGGUGCGUUCUUAUGCAUUAUUUUUGGAGAGGCUGGAAUGUUUCCGAGUGCUGAAAUAUGAUGUGGAGACAGAGCCUCCUUUUUGUCAAAUCAUCUUAAUGGAAGAGAUACUCAUGUGCGCCAAAUCAAAGUUUAUGGACCCCGACCGAAUCCUUUUCCACGCCAACCAUUUCAGUUCACUUCUACAGAGUUCAUUACUUACUCUACUUACGCUGAUUUUGCCGGCAGGAUAUCUUGGUUCAUCAUUUUGGGGUAUGGUUCUCAUCCUUGCAUCAACAAAUCUUGUCACUGCAAGGAUUGCUGCUGGAUGUCUUAUUCUUUCUCUUUUUAUUGUGCUCUUCAUUGCUAAAAAUUGGACGCUACGGGGGCUUUGCAUUCGAUUUAUCAUUUUUAUUGCCGUUGUAUGGGUUCUACAAGAGUUGACUAAAGUGUUGGAUUGUUCACACACCAAUAAGGAACGUGAGCUGGGUUUAGACCAUCGUGAGGCAUGUUAG